AAUCAAUCCUCUCAUUUAGCAAUUCAACUGAAGAGGGCGCAACAGCAAUGUGUCAAUAAAUACUCUCAUUUAUUUCUACAAACAUAGUUGCUCCAUCAGAGCACAGACACACAGCUCGGUCACUUUUCCAUUCCACAUAGAACCGAAACGGCGUCGAUUCAAGCAAGCGCCAAACGUCAUGUUGUACAUUUGACCUAUUCCUUUGCUCCUUUCUCUUUGACUGCAUGCUGAGGGAAAUCAAGUUGAUUGGUUGGCAACUUGCAAGCAAGCCUUCAACUUGGGCAGAAGCUUUGAGACGACGAAGGCUGAACGUGUCAAAGCAGAGUGACGUCACGCGCGGUGCGGGCUAGGACUUUAGUUGCGUCCGUGGGUCAGUCGCACUUGUCGAGUUGGAGCCGCCGUUCCUGUCUGCCAGUCUGCCUGCCUGCCUGCCUGUCUGCCUCGCUCGCUGUCUGAGAGUCUCGCAUCGCAGCCCAAGUUGUUGAUCAAUCACCCAAGGCGCCCGAGGAUGGUCCACCAAAGUUGCCGCGGCCGCCGCGAACUGCUCAUCAUGAGUCUGCGCCCCGCACUUGUGUGCUUUCUACUGCUCUCCCUAACCAGGAUGGCCGAGUCAGAUGACUGCGACGGCACGGCUGACAAGGUGCAAUUCUGCAAGGUUGGCGACAAGCUCAAACUGACCUCAGGUGCCGCAAGUGGCACCCAGGUCACAUGGAGCGGCACCGGCGUAACUCGCGCUACAUAUGACGAUGACACAGAACAAAAAGUCCUGGAAUUGGCCGGCCUGAGCGCUGCAGACAGCGGCAAGUACACUGCCACCUACACCGGCGGCCCCAAGAACUUCUUAAUCCUCGUCGGAGCCGUCCCCUGCGACGAAGGCCAAGAAUGCAAAGUUGUGAAGGGGAGCUCCAUCGAGAUGGACUCCGGAGCGCCUUCCGAGACUGUCGCCUGGACUCAUGAGAAGACAUCUGGGGGGGCGGGUCCAUCGAUCCCUGACAUCAACUUCACUGACAACAACAAGAAAAAGCUGGGCCUCUUCAACGUGAAAGCAACGAACGCGGGGACCUACGAGGCCAAGUACCCCAGCGGCGAACCGCAGACCACUAAAACAUUUACAGUCUCCGUCCAAGAUCCCAUCACCACUGUCAAAAUCGAGGGCGACGGUUCUGUGUGUGUGCAGGCGGCAAGGUCAUCUUAGAGUGCAAGGUCAUAGGUGAUGCCAAAGAGGUCACUUGGAAGAAGGGCACUACUCCCCAAACUACUAACGUCAAUGGCAACAAGGUGACCAUCAACGGGGCUAAACCGGGCGACGCCGGUGAAUACACUUGCCGCGCCAAAAGCUACCUUGGCGGUCAACCGGUCGAUAGCCCCGAGUUUACUCUCGCCGUUAGCGCGGCUGUCGACUGCGAGAAACAACAAAAAGGCACAAACUCCUCCACCUCCAUCAUCAACAGUGACGAAAAAAAGCCGACCUUCGAUGCCGCCCGGGCCGCGUCCUGCUCCGUCGCUCUGGUGGUGAUGACCAGCCUCCUUCAGCUCUGCUGGAUGCUUUAGACACGGCGGCUGCCGGUCGAAUGGAAGUGCGGGCGGGGGGCUUGACUGCCGCCGCCGCCGCCGCCGCCACCUUUGCCUUUUUGGAGCGGGAGGAGCGAGCGCCCAGAGUGGAGCAGCAGGCAAAGCUUUUUUUUUUUGUUUUUAUUGUUUGUUCCUUGUUCCGUUUAGUUCACUCGAGCAUUUGAAUCAUCAGAAUCACUGAAUCCGCCACACAAUCCAAAUGGUGACUUAGUUUUGCGAAUGUUUUGGAUUGCAAACGCAUCAUCAGUGUCGAAAAAGUCAGCGGUCCAGGCUCACCUUUGCAUUUUCAGCCGCUUAGUUGCCGUCGUCUUUGUUAUUUGACUUGGCACUGGAAACAAAGAGGGAGGGACGGCGGCACGCUUGCUGUAGGUAAGUGCUCCCCCCUAGCGGCGGAACUGGUGGCAAAUGUCAAAAGGUUCAAAAAUGACCUUUCCAAUUAGGCAUGUAUUAUUAAUACCUUUUGGUAGCCAUCUUUGUAUGACCUCGGUUAGUUAACAACGAGUUUGUUUUCAGUUGUCGAUUUGACCUAUUUAUCCAAUUUAUUGAGAGUAAGCUAUUAUCCGUGUUGGUAUUGUCUCGCUCAAUUCUUGGCGUAACACUGUUGAAUGAUUUGAUCGAGUCCAUCAUUUAGUAAUAGUAAGGUACCUUUUGUUAACCAGUCUCGAAGAAUGAUGAAUUCUUUGAUCUGUUCUUCCCAUGUUGACUAUGCGCAUGAUGAUGGCGAUCAUUUCAUCAUUCACCAUUUAUAUAUUAUUAUGAUUAUUUCUUCAUUUAUUUAUUAUUCAUUAUUUAUCUUUUUUCCUUUGAUUAUUCAUUUAUCAUAUCUCUUUUGUUACUCCGUAUGGAAUUAGACUUGUUUAUUUGAACAUUUAUUCAAUCGAUUGAAUCAUUCAUAGUAAGCUCUCUCUACGUGAUUUGAAAUGAUAGGCGCGCUCACAAACACUUGAUUUGUUGUUGAUCUGUUGAUUAUUCAACCUAUUUAAUCAUUUGUUCAGAGAAUCGAGUAAGCUAUCUUUUGUUCUUAUUUGGAAAUCUAGGCGGUCGUAGCACGGUUGACUUAUUUGAAUGACUCAUUUAUUGAUUAAGCUCUUUUGUUCUUACAUGAGUUGAAAUGAUGGGCGCCGCAUGCUCACAAACACGCCGUCUGAUUCAGCCAUUGAUUCACUCACUCUAAUCAGUUAUUCAUAGAGUAAGCUAUCUUGUAGUAAAAAUGAUCAUCCAUGUAUACUGCUGGCACCUGAGAGAGAUUGUGGGUCAUGGCGCAUGAUGGGAAGUGUGAGGAGAGGGCGAUUGGGGGCAGGAAAUGACGCGCGAGUGUGGAGGGAAGGGGAUUGGGCCGCCAGCAGCUCGUGUAUGUAGAAUUGUCUUAAGUUGUUAUUUCGGUUCAAUAAA